AUGCUAGAUCACAUUGUAACUCUAGACGUGCCGUUUGAAACGGAGACCCAAGCGGAAAUCGCCAUGAAGACCAUGUCUGUGGAUCCUAUCUUGAAGAAAAACGAGAUAACCGUCCACUACUCGAUCCAAAACAACUUGCUUACUUGUAAAUUUGCUGGUAUCAGCGACAGGGUGAUUCGUGUUGCCGUGAGCAGUGCCAUAGAUAAUAUCAAGACCAUCAUUGAAUGUAUGGAAGAGUUUGACGGCAAGGAGAAGACCAUCUUUACCAACGACGAGUAA